AUGAGCCAAGAAGAAAACAAUAUCAAGGUUGUGUGUCGUUUUCGACCACAAAAUUCCCGUGAAAUCAGUGAAGGCGGUGUUCCUAUUAUCACUGUUGACGACGGUGGUGAAUCUUGUCGUAUGGAGGGUAAACAAUUUCAAGGAAGUUUCACUUUCGACAGAAUUUUUCCACCGGAAACCGCUCAGAAGACUGUGUUUGAAGAAUCAAUAAAACAUAUUGUCAAUGAGGUUAUCAGUGGUUAUAACGGAACCGUGUUUGCUUAUGGUCAAACAGACGAUGAAGAAUUUAAGGGUCUUAUUCCUCGUAUUGUUGAGCAAAUUUUUCACAGUAUCAUUGUUUCUCCACCAACAAUUGAAUGCACUGUUAAAGUAUCUUAUAUGGAAAUUUAUAUGGAGAGAAUUAGGGAUUUACUUAAUCCCCAAAAUGAUAAUUUACCCAUACAUGAAGAAAAAAAUAGAGGUGUUUAUGUGAAAGGUCUUUUGGAAGUAUACGCUAGUUCUGUUCAAGAAGUGUUCGAAGUAAUGAAACGUGGUAGUAGUGCUCGUAAUAAUCUUGCUGAUGGUAGCGUAAAAUAUGGCAAACUAUCACUUGUCGAUUUGGCUGGUUCCGAAAAGGUUUGUAAAACAGGUGCCUCUGGUCAAACUCUCGAAGAAGCUAAAAAAAUCAACAAGUCUUCGUCUGCAUUGAGAAUGGUUAUUAACGCUUUAACUGAUGAAAAA